UAACCCGGCUAUUUCGAGAAACUUCCAGCCCACUUUCCCACGUCACUUCAAGGAAUCUUUAAAGCGUCCGUCGCCUGCAUAACAUGUUUCAGUACUCGACAGCCAGCAAUAUGAACGGCAUGAAGACACAGUCACCGACACUGACAAUGGCCAACAAUGACAGCGACCCUCUCCCUCUCGGCUGGGAAGUCAAAAUUGACCCUCAGACUGGAUGGCCCUUCUUUGUGGAUCACCAUAACCGCACGACCACCUGGAAUGACCCGCGACACGACACGAAGAAGGUCAGGGAAGUGUCAUCAAAUGGUCCCAACAUACCACCAGAACCCAGCCCUCAGGAGACUCAGAAAACCUUUGUGAGGGAGAUGAAGCACCCCAUUUUGCGCCCAGGUUACGUCCCUAUCCCUGUCUUCCAUGACGGCGCAGAACUGAAGCAGCAGCAGCAUCCAUGUUAUUCCUACAUCCAGCCAACUAUUGCACAGAAUAUCCGGUCGGACGGGCGGACACCUUCCCCGACGCCGGGGCUCCACUGCAGGCCCAGAUCACCCCUACAUGGAUCUACAGAUAGCUGCUCCCCUGAGCCUGGAAAGGCCAGCUCGCCUGUUUCACAAACAGCAGAGGUUUACACUGCCCCACAUCACCAACCCUCACGCCCCAGCAGCACUGGUUUUCAAGCAGGUUACAUCCCCAUCCGUGUGAUCCAUGAGGGUGGAGGAAGUCAAACACCAACACAGGCUCAGUUAAAUCCCUCCGUCUACUCUCAGCGCAUCCCCUACCCAGAGCACCACCAGCCCCUCCAUCGCCAUCAGACCGACGAAUGGCCCGGCUACUCUGCGGCAAUGCAGCCUCCCCGGGAGAGAGCUUCUCCGAUCCAACAUCGAGAUGCUACUUCUAUUCACCUCCAACCUCAUAUUAGAUGCCAGUCACCUAUUAUAACGCAGGUGAUGGGAGAGAGACCGCAGGCUCAGCAGCAUGUCCUCACUAGAGACCCGCCCCAGAAAAUGGAGCAGGAACAACACACCGCUCAGCAGAAACCCGAGAACAAGCAGCUCCCCCACCCAUCGCACACAGAAGUUGACUUCCAAAAGCCUCAACAACCUCAACAGUUCCAACAGCCUCCACCUCCGCAACCUCAAAAGUUCCAACAGCCUCCACCCCCGCAACCUCAACAGUUCCAACAGCCUCCACCCCCGCAACCUCAACAGUUCCAACAGCCUCCAUCUCUGCAACCUCAACAGUUUCAGCAACCUCAACAGUUUCAGCAACCUCAGCAGUAUCAGCAACCUCAGCAGUAUCAGCAGGCACAACCUCAAUCCCCACAGCCUCAGUAUCCUGAACAGUUCCCGCAGCCGCAGCAACAGUUCCCGCAGCCGCAGCAACAGUUCCCGCAGCCGCAGCAACAGUUCCCGCAGCCGCAGCAACAGUUCCAGCAGCCGCAGCAACAGUUCCCGCAGCCGCAGCAACAGUUCCAACAGCCGCAGCAACAGUUCCCGCAGCCGCAGAAAGUGGAGCAACCACAACAACAUACUGCAGAUAUCACAGUACAAAUACCUCCCAAACCCGAGGCCGAGGACACAACAGUUGUUCCCCCAGAGGUCCCACCUGUGAAGGUUGAGGCUGAACAUGCUGCUCAGAGCCCAGUGCAUCCAGGUUUGGCUAAAGUACAGCAGAUUGUUGCAAGGGUUGCUAAACUGGAGCAGGAUGUGAAAUGUUUUGAGGGAAAGAAGAAUGGUAAGAAAUACUUGUUACUGGAGGAGCUGCUGACCAAAGAGCUCUUAGCACUGGACUCUGUUGACCCAGAAGGUCGCGUAGACAUACGGCAGGUGAGGCGGGAUGGAGUCCGGCGUGUUCAGAACAUACUGGAAGCACUGGAGCAGCUGGAAGAGCGGCCAUCUAGGGAAAUGGCGAUGGAGGGAGAGAACCAGAUGCAGAAAGGAGAGCCCAGAAUGAUCUCCAAGGAGAAUGUAGAGCUGGCAAAGGAGAUCUCAUAAUGACUUCACACUUCACACUGAAGAGGAGAGCAGGAUGACCUGCUGUAUAUUUGAUAGUGAACAAGUCUGUUUCGGCUAUCUCUACUCCUCUUCUUUCUACAGCAUUUGUUGAAGUUGCAUGCAUUGAUUAACAGUGUUGGUAUUUCCUGCCAUUCAGCACAUAAUUGAUGGUAGCUCAGUGCAAUCAUGUUUUCAAGCCGAUGUUGUUGCCUUCUAUGUUGUGCCAAUGUCUUCAUAAUAAGACAGCUGUCAUGGUCAAGGUGUUGUCAGGAAUGUCUAGUCAAAUUUAAGUUGAAAUACACUGAACAAAAAUAUAAACGCAACACUUUUGUUUUUGCUCCCAUUUUUCAUGAGAUGAACUCAAAGAUC